CCAUAUCGAUCUCAUGCAGUUUCCUCUCUCCCAAGUUUUUAAUUUAUUUUUUUCCUUUUUCCUUUUUUCCUUUUACCUCUUUCCCAAGUAACACAAGCACACAAUUAAAUUUCUCUACUAUAAAUCCUCUCCAUCUUUCAUUCACAUCUCACUCACAAACACAAACACAAACAUCUUUCAAAACCUCAAACACAUAAAAAAAAAUUAUUUUGUCUUUUUCUCCAAUAUGGCCACAACAAACCUAGGAUCCCUCGAAAAAUCCAAACCACCAUGCAACGACAUUGCUAACCCACCAAACGGCGAGGUUGCAACGAUCCAAAAAUCCCCCUCAGCAACCACCUUAGCCACAUCAGAAUCAACCCUAGGUAGUCACCUGGCACGACGACUCGUCGAAGUUGGCGUAACCGACAUUUUCAGCGUGCCGGGUGAUUUCAACCUUACAUUACUUGAUUACCUGAUUGCUGAACCCAAACUGAAAAACAUUGGUUGUUGUAACGAACUCAAUGCUGGAUAUGCUGCUGAUGGUUACGCGCGUUCUAGAGGCGUGGGCGCGUGUGUUGUAACUUUUACUGUUGGUGGAUUAAGUGUGAUUAAUGCUAUUGCUGGUGCUUAUAGUGAGAAUUUACCAGUGAUUUGUAUUGUUGGUGGACCUAAUUCUAAUGAUUUUGGUACCAAUAGAAUUCUUCAUCAUACUAUUGGUUUGCCUGAUUUUAGCCAGGAACUCAGGUGUUUCCAGACUGUUACUUGCUAUCAGGCUGUGAUCAAUAACUUGGAAGAUGCACAUGAAAUGAUUGAUACUGCAAUCUCAACAGCAUUGAAAGAGAGCAAGCCUGUUUAUAUAAGCAUAAGCUGUAACUUAGCAGGCGUUCCUCACCCGACUUUCAGUCGUGAACCUGUUCCAUUUUCCUUAACUCCAAAAUGGAGUAAUCAAAUCGGGUUGGAAGCCGCAGUGGAAGCAGCAGCUGAGUUUCUAAACAAAGCAGUAAAACCAGUCCUAGUAGCUGGUCCAAAAAUAAGAGUAGCAAAAGCAGGUGAUGCUUUUAUGGAACUAGCUGAUAAAAGUGCUUAUCCAUUUUCAGUUAUGCCAUCAGCAAAAGGACUAGUUCCUGAGAAUCACCAACAUUUCAUUGGAACAUUUUGGGGUGCAGUUAGUACUGCAUUCUGCGCUGAGAUUGUUGAAUCGGCCGAUGCAUACCUAUUUGCAGGACCGAUUUUCAAUGAUUAUAGUUCAGUUGGUUACUCACUUCUUUUGAAGAAAGAAAAAGCUAUUAUUGUUCAGCCUGAUAGGGUUGUGAUUGGAAAUGGUCCUGCUUUCGGGUGUGUUUUGAUGAAGGAUUUUCUUAGUGCACUCGCGAAGCGUAUUAAGAAGAAUAAUACUGCUUAUGAAAAUUAUUAUAGGAUAUUUGUUCCUGAAGGUUUGCCAGUGAAAUCUCAGCCUAGAGAGCCUUUGAGAGUUAAUGUUCUUUUUAAACAUAUUCAAAAUAUGUUGUCUGGUGACACUGCUGUUAUUGCCGAGACAGGGGAUUCUUGGUUUAACUGCCAAAAGCUGAAAUUGCCAAAAGGAUGCGGUUAUGAGUUCCAAAUGCAAUAUGGAUCAAUUGGAUGGUCUGUUGGAGCAACUCUUGGUUAUGCACAAGCUGUUCCCGAGAAGCGAGUGAUUGCUUGCAUUGGUGAUGGAAGUUUUCAGGUGACAGCACAAGAUGUGUCUACAAUGCUGAGAUAUGGUCAGAAGACCAUAAUCUUCUUGAUUAACAAUGGUGGAUACACUAUUGAAGUUGAAAUCCAUGAUGGACCAUACAAUGUCAUCAAGAACUGGAAUUACACUGGCUUGGUUGAUGCUAUCCACAAUGGUGAAGGAAAUUGCUGGACCACUAAGGUUACUUGUGAAGAGGAGCUUGUUGCAGCAAUUGAGACAGCAACAGGACCAAAGAAGGAUAGUUUCUGCUUCAUUGAGGUGAUUUGUCACAAGGAUGACACAAGCAAAGAGUUACUUGAAUGGGGAUCAAGGGUUUCGUCUGCAAACAGUCGUCCUCCUAAUCCGCAGUGAACUCCAGACACUUAAAAUUUAAGGCAUUAGAAUAAAGAUAUUGAGUUUUGCUUUUUAUUAAGUUGAGAUUACUUUAGAUUCUUAUGUUUAAGAGAAAUUUUCAUUUGAAAUUUUUAUUAAGUUGACUGGUUUAUGUGAUAACUGAUAAUUGAUUCAUGUCUGGACACACAUUGCAGAUGAGUUAUAAUAAUUGGUAUUUUAAUUUUUAAUCACUUUAUUGGUGAUUUUGUUUCAA